AUGGAUGAGGUUAAGGAGGCGCUAAGAGAUGAUGAGAUCACUGCCGUUGGUGUCUACGGCAUGGGCGGCGUUGGAAAGACAACCAUGGUGACACAUGUAGCUGCACAAGCCUGCAGAAAUGGCACUUUUAACCAUUGGAUUGUAGCUUCCAUAUCCCAAAGCCCCGACUUCACACAAAUCCAAGACACAUUAGCAGAUCUGCUAGGCUUCAAAUUAAAAGAGAAAACAGAAGCUGGAAGAGCUGCUAGGUUGCAUAAGGAGAUCAUGAGAAGAGAAAAACUCCUUAUAAUCUUGGACGAUGUAUGGGAUAUAAUAGAGUUGUCCAAGAUAGGGAUCCCCAACUAUAAAGAGCUUCAAACUGUCAAUUCCAAAGUCCUACUAACAACAAGGAGAAGGAAUGUCUGUCAUGUUAUGGAUUGCGAAAAAAAGAUCACCCUCAACAUUCUAUCAAAAGAAGAUUCUUGGGCGUUGUUUGUGAGAAAAGCAAGAAAGUCUUUUGAACAACGAAAGUUCGUGGAUGUGGCAAAGAAGGUAGCUGGAGAAUGUGGGGGUCUACCGAUUGCAUUGAUAACAGUUGCAAGGGCACUCGGAGAUAAAGAGUUGGUGGAAUGGGAGAGAGCAGCUAAACGACUAGAGAAGUCACAAACUGCUAAUCCUGACGAUAACCGAGAAGCAUCCCAAUGUAUAAAAUUAAGCUAUGAUUACUUGAAAGAUAAGGAAAAGUCAUACUUCUUGCUCUGUUGCUUAUUCCCAGAAGACUCUUUUAUCCCAACAGAAAAACUGUUCAUGUAUGCGAUUGGGAAAGGAUUGUUUAGAGAUGCUGAGACACUCGAAGAAGCCAGAGAAAACGCUAGUUCAGUGGCCAACCACCUUAUACAUUCUUGCUUGCUGUUGGAGAGUAGUGAUGAUACAUUUGUAAGGAUUCAUGAUGUCGUCCGGGAUACUGCCCUUCAAAUUGCGGAAUCUGAAGAUGGGCAUGGGUUUUUGGUGAAAGCUGGCUCUCGUUUAAAGGAUUGGCCACGUCAAGUACAUGAAGGCUACACUGCAAUCUCACUAAUGAGGAGUCCUAUGAGCAAGCUACCCGAGAAUCUGCCUAGGAAACCUUGA